AUGAGCAGUGCAUCUCCUGAGAGCUCCUUCUCAGACCCGAGAAGCUCCACAGUGUGCCAUCUCUGUCGACAGCGGAAGACCAAAUGCGACAGACGACUCCCCAACUGUUCUUUCUGUGUCAAGGCCAAAGUCCGUUGCCAGUAUGUCACCAAGACGAAGAAACGGGGUCUCCGUGCUGGCUACGUCUCGCAGCUCGAGAAUCGCCUGGAGACUCUGGAGCAGGAGGUCGAGAAGUUCAAGCACGAACGAACAAGAUCAUCGACGACAACACCAAAGUCCAUCCCCAGCCCACCUCUCACCGCGGCGGCUUCCACCCAGCCCGUCGACAUAUCACCACCACAAAACUCCAUCGCCAACACUCCAUCCGUCUCCCACGUUGAGCCGCUGAAAUUCAAUGGACCACCGGCUGAAUCAGAUGCGGCUGUUGCAGACUUAACCACUCUGUCUCAUGCAUAUCUCCAUACGUUGGCCGACUCGUGGUUUAAGGAAACCCAGCCAUGGUACCCUAUCUUGAGCCGAAAACACAUCCAGGAAGCCCUUGACGACCUUCCUCUGCCUCUGACACACAUAGACGACGUGGUGCUCAAGGCCGUGAUUGCGCUCCAGGUCGCGUACUCGAGUCAGGCCAUCUGUUUGGGUUAUAAUGGGAGGUAUCGCCUGUCACAGUACCUCCGGUCGCAGGUCAUGAACGAGGCCUUCUCCAAAGCAUCCUUGAAGUCGGUCCAAGCGCUCUUGAUCAUUGCCAUUCUCGACUAUGGAUCGGACAACGUUCCCAGCACAUUCAGCCUGCUGGCGGUGUGCCGGCGCAUGUGCGAAAACAUUGGCCUGUUCCGCAAAUUGUUGAUCCAGAUGCAGCUGCAGAGCCCUGCGCAGGUCGGCCCGCCAGCAAUCGGGAGCAAUACCGGAGAUGAACUCGCGAUCCCUCUGACCUGGUCCACGCUGGCCAUGGACGCCGUGUCGACCCUGGGCAUCUCGUGGCGGGAUGCGUCGGCCGCAGUGAUGGAACAUCUGUCGAGUGUGGCGUACGCGAGCACGCCCGACCUCCGAGACAGCUUCCGCAGUCACACACAUCUCGCUGCCAUCGGCCUGCAACCUCUCCACAGCUUUCUGUACGACCACGAGCAGGGGAGGUAUGAGCAAGCACAGGCCCAGGCGUUUGCCACGUGUGACGAGAUCUAUCACAACCUCAUGAACUACGUGCGUGCUCAGCCCACCACCAGUUACACACUGUUGGCCGACGGGCUGAUCGACUUUGAUCCGAACCUCGUCCUCACCACCAUCCUGUCCCACGCGAGCGUCAUCAUCCUCUACGCGCGCCUCAUCGAAGCGGACGAGACGUCGUGCAACGAGAUCCCGCUGCAGCGGUGUCUCCAGGCCUGCGAGGACAUCGUGCUGGCGCUGCGCAGCAUCAGCGACGCGGACGCCGAGCUCAGCACGCCGGUGCUCGGGACCAUGCUCUUCGUGGCGGCGCGGUUCAAGCUGCUCAUCUAUCGCAAGAUGCAUCAGUCGCGCGAACCCAUCUUCGACACGCUCAUGCACGGCAUCUGCAUGUGCGGGCGCCGGUGGUCCGUGGCGCGCCGCCAGGACCUCGUCCUCCGCGCCGCCAUCGUCGAGGUAGACACGGGUACCGACGCGUUGCUGCCGGCCUCCUUUUGGAACGUGAAAAAGAGCCACCUCGACAUCUCCGAGGAGCUCAAGGAGUGGGUCGCCGCUCACCAGCAGUCGCUGUGCAUCGGCUCGCUGAAUGGGCCGUAUUUAUGA